UUCAUCACAGCUCAGAGUGAGGGACUCGAUCUCCCUUGUCAGCCAGUCGUCAAUGUUUCAGGCCAGCCAUUCCCCUGUGAAAUCCAAUGCCUGGACAUGUAAAAGGAUCACUUAGACGCCAGGCCCAGAGCCCCACCUUAGGGCACACACUUAUUUUUUUAUUUCUCCCUAUUCAGAGCAUUGUUUCUAAGCAACAGAAGAAAGCUUCAGCCUUGUGCGAAGCAGUAGCCUAGUUUCCUUCAGCUGCAGCAGAGGAACAACAGCAUCAAGAGUGAAUUCCAUCCUAAAGCUUCCAGGAAAUAGAGAGAUUCCAAAGCCCCGAUCCUUUUAAUAACCAUUGGACCAGCCAGAGAGUCUGACGCAGGCUGGAUCUUAGUACACAGUCUGGGUUGUGGCAGCCUCCCCACCAACUAGAAACCCACCUCCACCCCUAUCCAUGGAAAGGAAACGCCUAAAAAAAGAGAUUGAAAAACUCUUGGGAGAUUAUGUUGGCAUCAGACUUCGGGAAAAUGAAUUCGACCCGAAAGGAAGACAGCAGCCCACCUUUCUCGAUGAUAUGGCUCAUUACGACUUGGCCAUCAGUGUUGCUUUACUGUGGCUGAAUGAUUCAGAAGCCCAAAGUCCUUUGGCAGAAGGGAAAAGGAAUUUGCCACUUCACAGCAGAUACAUCUAUCCCAACCGAACUGAGAGAGAAGCCAUGAUUUUAUCAUUUUACGCUGGGACCUUAAUGAACAGCAUCCCCAUUGAAGACGUCUUUGGGAUUUACAGCACGGGGCCUUCGGCAACAGGCUGGCACCGCUCUGCCAAAGGUCACUGGAUUCACCCUUUCAACCUCUCUUUGCAUCCUUUUGCCAUGCUGACAGCCCCGAAAGCUGCAGAACAUGCCUGGAAACAGAGUGUCAAGUUUCAAAAGGCAGCAGCAAAUCAACAUGCAAGCACCAAUUCAACUAGAACAAAUAAGGACUGCAACCGAUCAGAAUCUCCAUCAACAGCAAAACAGCCAGACAACAAAGGGGCUAGAAAACAGCUUAAGCAAGGAAUCUUUCCAGAGGACCUUGCACCGAAGAGUGGAAAGGAAGCAGAGAUGUAACAAGAAGCCAAGUCUCAUGUAGGGUGACCAGACAGCAAGUGUGAAAAAUCGGGAUAGGGGUUGGGGGGUAAUAGGCUUCUACAUAAGAAAAAGUCUCAAAUAUCGGGACUGUCCCUAUAAAAUCGGGACAUCUGGUCACCCUAGUCUCAUGACUCUUACCCAAGACAGUGGUGUGCAAUUCAUUUUUGAGAGUGGGGGAGGGUUAGUCCCUAGAUUUUGGUGAGGUGGGUGUGCUACUUUUGUAUUUGAAUGGCUGUUUUAGCCCCCUUGGCUCGGUUAUGGAAACAAGCUGCCUACCUCAAGGUGGAGCACAUUAUCCUCAUGUUCAUCUUUAAGUGUUACUGUUCCUUUCCAUAUUAGUUGCCAUUUGAUUUCUUGAAGGGGUGAGCUAAAGCUAGCAGUUGUACCCCUAGUUUUCAACACAGCUUUCACAUGGUCGCUUAGCAUUUCUCCAUCCC